AUGAAUCGGUUUGAGAGAGCUUUGUCUUCGAGCUCUGUUUUCAACGAUGAUCCAUCAAUCUCUGGCCAAGAGUCCGAGUACUUGGAUAUGGACAUGGACGAGGAAGAGGCGUUGCGCAAAGCUGCGCGCGCCGGCAUCCGGUUGCUUGAAGCCAACACAGCAUUAAAUGAGGAAGUUAUCGCUUUGCGUGAGCAGGUGACUCUCCUGGAACGUGAGCAGCGGAAUCUACGGGCGCUAUUAGAGACGCGAAUGGUGGAGUUGGCUAGUAUAACAGAGAUCCGAAAGAAUUUGAUGAUCGAGGCCAGCGCGUUGCACAACGAACUCAAGGCCAAAUCAGUACUUGUGACGAAUUUGCUAGAAAAGGAGGACUUUUUGAGACAGCAAGUGGCGGACGCUGAAGAUGCUAAAAUGCUGGUGGAGAAUCAUGUUGUCGAAUUGCAGUUAGAGCUUAAUCAGUUGAGGUCUGAUACCGCAAAGGCGGAGUCUGCACAGCCCAAUAUUACUGUUGCGAAUCCCGUAGCUACGUACGACUCGAGCCAAACUAGUGCAUUUACAUACGCCGAUUACGAGACGCUACAGCACCGACUUCACGUCUCGUUGGAAGAGAAUAAAGCGUUUGUUUUGGAGAUCAAAAGUCUUCGCAAGGAUGUUGAAACUUUGCGUUAUAAGGUGGGCAAAUUGCCAGAGUGUAUGACCCACAUUGAACGACUCGAAAAGCGCAAUGCGAAGCUACGCAGUGCAAAUGAUACUUUGCGCGAAGAACGCAUGGAGGAACAAGCCGUGCUUGACAGUCUUCGAUCAAUGAAUCUAGUGUACAAAAAAAUUGCCGACUCGCGCCCAUUUGCGGUCGACUGCACAUGUUCACAGCAAUCAGAGAUAACAGAUCCACAAACUUUAGGUGUCACUGUGCGUGAUGUUCUCAUCGAAGAGAACAUGAACCUUGAAGCCGAACUAAGAGAGCUGAGAAGUUCGAUGAAUUUACCACAUAAUGAUUCAAACAAUGAUCAAAAAAAAGCGCUAAAUAUGGUGCUGAAGCGAGUAGAGAGUAGCAGUAGCAACGGCUCAGCUAUAUCGGACACUGCUAGCAGCUGUGGUGAGCCGAUCGAGACGGCAAAUGAGAGGCUCAGUCGAAAAGUGCAGAUCCUUACCGAGAAAUAUGAUUUGUCCAAAGAAAUGCUGCGCCAUACGAAGGUACAGUGGUGUGCAGCAAUCGCAUCACAGAAAGCCCUCGAGGAAUGCUAUAAAUCAGCUCAAGCAGAAAUUUCUCAACUCACCCGAAAGCUUGACUAUCACUUAACAUCUGAUGCUGACACGAAAAUUGAUGAUGGUGGGAACGAAAUGGCAUCACCACAAGGUGGCGAUGAAAAAAGCAAAUGGACAGAAGAGACGGCUCUGUUCUCAGCACCACCCGGUGAUCUCAACUCACCGCUGAUCAGGCGUUUGUUGGAUUACUGGACUACUGACAAGGUAAAGGUUAUGGCUCUUACUGACUGGUUACACAAUUCAAUCCGAGGCACUGGUCGAGCAACACCCAUGCGCUUAUUGAACCUGUCGAGUGAGAUAGCAGCUGGGUUUACACAACUACUGGUCCCUAUCAUGCGCGAGCGACAUGGCGUUUCCGUAAGCAUUUACCGUCGUGACAGUGUGCAUAUAUUGUCCGACUUAGUACUGCAGACCAAUCACCCCUGCGUGACAAAGCCAGCACACUCCAUGGUUGCAUGUAACGACAAAGUCGUACCAGCGCAUCCUCUUCACUGUGAUAAAAGCAAGAAGAACUCGCCUCACUCUGUGUUUGGCAGUGCUCUAGACAGCUCUAGUGCCUUACUUCAAGGUGAAACAGAGUUCUUGUACGGUUAA